AGUGGCAGCAGGAACCUCAGGAUGGGCAGCAGUGGCUUGUGAGAGCCGGCAGGGCCAUUUUGGCCUUUCUCCUGCAGACUCUGUCCGGGAGGGGAUGGGGCAGCUGAGCCAUGUGCACCACCCUCUUCCUACUCAGCACCUUGGCCAUGCUCUGGCGCCGCCGGUUCGCCAACCGGGUCCAACCGGAGCCCAGCGGAGCAGACGGGGCAGUCGUGGGCAGCAGGUCGGAGAGAGACCUCCAGUCCUCGGGCAGAAAGGAAGAGCCUCUGAAGUAAGUCUUCACCCGGUCAGGCGGAGCUCGGCCCCAGGGACUGGGAUCAGCUGGCAGAGGCAGUUCAAGUCCCGGCUGGCCUCUUACCCACAAAGCAUGCUGUGGUGGAAGCAGCAGCAGCAGCAAGAAGAAAAAUGGGAAAAAGCAGUCAUCAAGAAGGUAGACUCCUCCCUUUGAGUCCCUGGACCUGCCUGGCCUCCCUUUGCCCCAGACCCUGGUGGUGGGGCUCCUGAAGCAAGGCCUGGCUGGGGCAGGCUGGAGGGCAAAGACGCUCAUUGCCCUGGCUUGGGCUCCCUUCCUCUGAGAUCCUGAGGAUAGUCUGAGGCAGGCCCAGAGAGGGACUCAGGUUUCUUAUGGAAGGGCUUCUCAUUCAUCCCUAAUAUAAUCCUUGCAAUGACCCAA